AUGGCGGAAUGCCUGAGUCUGCCCUCGCUGGGGGGAGACGAACAAAAGCUUGUUGAUAUAUCCAUCACCGACGCGGAGUGGGAGACCAUCUCGGUCUGGGCUGGCCACGGCGUCAGUCUUGAUAUCGUCUGCUCGUUUGCAGGGGAUGAAGAUUUCGGUCCCCGCGACUACGAUGGCAAACGGGGGAAUGUCGUCGCUGGUAUCAUUCAGCUAUUAGGCUGCGAGUCCAGUGUCACUUUGCCUUAG